CUUCUUUCGAAGCGGUUCAGGCGCUCGCGAUAAGUCGCUAGACUAUACCGUACCAUAUAAUAUACAGCCGAUCGGAUUGACAACAGCAACAACUGCCAACCGCGAUAAGCAAGUGAGAGCCGUUAAAAGCAUUUCGGCCAAGUGCAUCAAGCGCAGAAACGUCGCGUUAGCCAACUAAAUCGGUUAAAUCGGUUAAACCAAGAACUGCACAAGUGUUUGAAAAACGUUUUUCAAAAAAUUUGGAUAACAUUUGCAAUUGAAAGCACACAAAAACAAUGCCAAUUUGUUCGUUCUAACAACAACACAUUAUGUCGAUUGUCUGCACGCUGGAACAGAAAGUGAACUUUUUUAAAGCGGCUGCAACGACCAAAAAUCUGCUGAUACUCAAAAACAAUACGGAUACGAAUUACAGCAACAAUUACAAGCAGGAUUAUCCCAGCAACAAUAAAUUCCCCCGCAUCCAAGCCCAAACCAACACCAGCCACCUGCAACACCAGCAGCAACUGCAGCAGAAGCUAGCGCAGCUGCAUCACUACAGCCAGCAGAAGCUGAGCGGCAGCGACUUUCCCUACGGGCCACGCCCCCCCACCGGAGGCAAGGAGGAGAAGCUGCUCCUGCUAGCGCCACCGGGCAAACUCUAUCCGGAGGCAUCUGUGCCCACAGCAAUGCCCGAGGUCCUCAGCGGCACGCCCACCAACAGCCACAACAAAGCCAACAUCGCCAUGAUGAACAACGUCCGGCUGUCCAAUAUAUCGCCGACCCUGUCGAUGAACGGCAGCUCCAACGAGGCUUCUAAUUUACAUCCGUUAUCCAUGUACGGAGGAUCCAUCAGUCCGCAGUCGAAUGACAGCGGCAUGUCCGACAGUCUGGGCAAGUAUGUCCCGGGAGCCGGCUAUGGAGAUGGAAUGAUGGCCCAAUCGCCCUCACAAGGUGGCAAUGGACCCCAGUCGGCAUUGACCGCCGCUCAAAAAGAGCUCUUCUCACAGCGAAAGCAACGCGAAUUCACGCCAGACAACAAGAAGGACGAGAGCUACUGGGAUCGCCGGAGACGAAACAACGAGGCGGCCAAGAGGAGUCGGGAGAAGAGGCGCUACAAUGACAUGGUUCUGGAGCAGCGCGUCAUCGAGCUGACCAAAGAGAACCAUGUGCUGAAGGCCCAGCUGGACGCCAUACGCGACAAGUUCAACAUCUCCGGCGAGAAUCUGGUCAGCGUGGAGAAGAUCCUGGCCUCGCUGCCCACCAGCGAACAGGUGCUGAGCAACACAAAGCGCGCCAAGAUGAGCGGCAGUGGUGGCUCCUCCUCGGGCUCCUCGCCCACCGGCAGUGGAUCGGGCGAGGGUUCGCCCCAAGGUGGCCACAAUGGCUAUCCGGUGGGUCCACCACUAUCUCCUCUGAUCUACGGACCCAAUGGCAAUGCCCGGCCAGAGGCCACAGUGAAGAGUGUCCACCACAUACAUCAUGCGGGUGUUGCGCCGCCUCCAACGCACCUACAACAGUUGGUUGUGCCCCAAUCGCAGACACAGCAUCUCUACCAGCCACAGCCGCCGCAGCAUCAGCCGCAUCAGCAGCAGCAGAUUUCCCAGCCACCGCAGCAACAACAGCAGCAGCAGGAGCCAAGUCCCAGUGCCGGCUCCAGUUUGCCAGCCAUCGCCGAUCCGCACAACCGUCCGCCAAGCACCACCAUUGCCAAUCUCCAGGUGCAACUGCAACAGGCACUUAACCGCAAUGUCAGGCCCGAGGAUCUCGACAGUUUGCGCAAGGUGGUGGCCGCCGGCGCUCUGUACAAUGCGGCAGCCGUGGUGGGAGCACCACCACCGCCACCAUCUGCCGGACUCUAUGCUCCCGCUCCCAGCGCCUAUAAGGAUCACCUGGAAGCGGCUGCCGCCUGGAGCCACAAUGUCGAGACGGCGGUCAGCAGCAGUGCUGUGGAUGCGGUCAGUAGCUCAUCGGUGUCCGCUAGUGCAGCCAGUGUGCUGAAUCUGUCGCGGCGGGCCUGCUCACCCAGCUACGAGCACAUGCUCUCCUCCACCACCUCCUCCACUCUAUCCUCGGCCUCCUCAUCGGGAGCUGUUUCUGGCGAUGAUGAACAGGAGCACGAACCGGCGCACAUGGCUCCACUGCAGCUGCAGCGGAGUAGUCCGCAGCAGAGCAGCGAUGCCAACAAUUGUCUGCCCCUCAAGCUGCGCCACAAGUCCCAUCUCGGCGACAAGGAUGCGGCGGCCACGGCCCUGCUCUCGCUGCAGCACAUCAAGCAGGAGCCCAACUGCAAUCGAGCAUCGCCACCGGCCUGGAACGAUGGCGGCGAUAACUCCAGCGACGAAAGGGACUCGGGUAUCUCCAUCGCCAGUGCGGAGUGGACGGCGCAGCUGCAAAGGAAGCUACUGGCGCCCAAGGAGGCCAACGUAGUCUCCAGUGCCGAGCGCGAUCAAAUGCUCAAAUCGCAGCUGGAGCGCCUGGAAUCCGAGGUGGCCAGCAUCAAGAUGAUCUUGGCGGAGUAAGCAAGCCCCGGGAGCUGGACAGGAUCACGACUAGGCGGAUCAGGAGAGAGAGCGAAGAGACAGAGGCUCUGAUGGGAUCAGAGUUGGAGGAGCAGAGCAGAGAGUUCCAUGGCGCCAGUAGUUCUCCUGGCCAAAGAAGUUGGUUUAAGCAUAUGUAGUAGAGAUGUCCAAUACAGAGUGUUAACUAUUAGAUACCGAUGCAUGCUUGUCUCCACCUCUAUGUAGAACUCUAGGGCCAGGUCUGGACCACAAGGACUCGGAUAGACCCUGUGGCCUAAACCUGGCCAAAACGUAUCUGUGUGUAUGUUUAUCUAUCCACUGUAUUGAGUCUUGUAAUCGUGAAUGUUUAACUAUAUAGAUCUCGUCAACUCGGAGCUAAACAAAUCCUUAGGGUCAGCCCAAAAGAAUUUCUAAUUUAACCUGUUUGUAUACACAUACACACGCUAUUUGUUUGCAUAGCUAGCUGGUGACCUGCGAUGAGCAUCGGGGUCACCAGCCACGUUAUUGUUCUCUUAUGCAUCCCAAGUUUCCUUAUGCACAGCGAAAGUGGAGAAGAAAAAGAAUUAUUAUGUUUGUAGGCAAACGUUACUAAGUAUUUGCUGUUGUACAUAUUACACAUUUAAUUAUACAUAUACUAUAUAUAUCUAUAUUCCUAUCGUGUACAUAAUUUUAGUUGCAAGCUAAGCUUAUUUUAUUUUAUUUUAUUUUGUAUUGAGUAGUAUUGUGUAGUGAAACAAACAUAUACAUUACACCUAAGAAACGCGUGAAGCACAUUCAAAACGUGAGAGACGAAAGAAAUCUGAAAAGAAUUGAUGAAUAAAUUCUGCAAUAAAUAAUUUUAAAUAUCCUACCUUAA